GGGGCAGAGGGAGGGAGACAAUGUUACGGCGCUUUCCCCUGCUGUGAUUUGAAGUGGAAUUUAUAUAUUUUUAUUUUUUUAUUUAUUUAUAUAUUUAUUUAUUGAAAAACAAAUUAAAUUCUUAUUAUAAUUUUCUUUCAAGUCGCCCAAGCAAGUGGGGAAGACUGCUGCCGAGAUCAAGUCCGUGCAGGGAGGGAAACGGGUAGGUUGUAAAUGCGCUUUUGGGGGGGAGGAAACGGGGACAGUGUGCGCCUGGGAUAGUAACACUGAGUAAUAGAAAACUGCGGAGUGUGUAGCCCACUUACGGAGAUCACAGGAAGAGAGUGGAACAAAAGAGGCUGCUUGUUUUUGUUCUGUCUCUGAAGGCCUACUGUAAAGCCGUCAUGGGCCUCUUGUGGUUGUCCAGACUAAUCCUGAUCAUCCUAGUCCUCAUCCCUCAACCGUCCCUGGGAUGUCCCUCCGGCUGUCGCUGCUACAGCCUCACAGUGGAGUGCGGAUCUCUCGGGGUCAAAGAAAUACCACAGGGUAUCCCUUCUGUCACCGAGACCAUUUUCCUCCAGGACAACGCUAUUGUGCAGAUCCGUCUUCAGGACCUGACUCGCCUCGGCAGCCUCCAUUAUCUAUACCUCCAGAACAACAGCAUCUCAGCCCUGGAGCCUGGGGCUUUUCUCGGCCAGGGUCAGCUGCUGGAGCUGGCUCUCAAUGGUAACCUCAUCCACCUGGUCACCCCUGACAUGUUUCGGGGUCUAGAGCACCUAAGGAUCCUGUACCUCGCUGGCAACCAGAUCACUCGAGUCCAGGACCACACCUUCAGAGGACUACAGCGUCUGCAGGAGCUCCACUUGCAAGAAAACAGCAUAGAGCUGCUAGCUGAGCAAGCUUUGUCUGGAUUGUCAUCUCUGGCCCUGCUGGACCUCAGCAGGAAUCACCUCCGCACCCUGGGAGCCUCAUCACUCAAACCUCUUGUCAGCCUGCAGGUUCUCCGUGUUACAGAGAACCCAUGGCGCUGUGAUUGUGCUCUUGGCUGGCUGAGAACCUGGAUAAGUGAAGAAGGACAGCGUCUCUUGAGUUCUGCAGAGCAGCGUCGGCUUAUGUGCUCAGAACCUCCUCGCCUCUCCCACCUUAGCCUGGUGGAGGUACCUCCAAACAGUCUGGUCUGCAUCCCUCCCGUGGUGCAGCUCGAGCCAAGCCACCUUACGGUUCGCCUAGGAGAGAGCCUCCGAGUCUCCUGCCAGGCCUCGGGAUACCCACAGCCUCAAGUGACUUGGAAGAAAUCCUCCCAUGGCAAACCACAGCUGUCACCUCGAGGCCUGGUUCAAGAGCUGGGACCCAACGGGGAGCUGUUCAGGCCAGGGGCCGGAGGAGUGGUGACAGCCUUGCCUAGCAGUGGAGGGAUCAAGGUGGGAGGUGUUGGAGGAAUCCAUGGGCCUGUGCGAGGGACUGAGGAGGGUGGCGAGAGGGACAGCUUUGAUCCAGACAUGGGCAGCGGCAUGCUGUUCCUCAGCAAUGUGACUGUAGCACAUGCUGGGCGCUACGAAUGUGAGGCCUGGAACCCUGGUGGUGUGGCUAGGGUUACUUUCCACCUAGCAGUCAACAUGUCUACUUCCUCCUAUUCAUCCCAGUUCUGGCCCCGUUUGAACACUCACUCCUAUGUUUCCUCUUCGUCUAACUCCUUCUAUCAGCCUGAGGCUGUGGAUGUAAGCCAGGAGCCUCUGUAUGAGCAGGACAGCAUGGACUUCAAUGCCCUGGGCCCUGCCACACAGACAGCUAUUGCUGUUGGCAUCUCCUUGCUGGCACUCACUGCUGUCCUCCUCUUGAUUAUGAUCUACACCCGUCACCAGCAGUAUCAGAAAGAUGACACUGGCUCCUACUGCACGAGCAAGGAAGAGAGCAUCCUCUAUGUGAACGACUACUCCGAUGGACCUACCACCUUUGCGCAGCUGGAGGAGUACCGAGAUGAUCACGGCCACGAGAUGUAUGUACUCAACCGAGCUAAGCCAGUCCUGGGUUCCACUUCAUCUACGUGUCCCAUAAUGAGUGGGUUUGUCCAACAGAACGGCAUGAAAGAGGCUCUCCUAGAUCAUGAAAUGGUUCAUACUCUAACACGAUCGGGGGGACUGGGGCUUCGCAGAAAUCCAGCAGACGGAGGAGAGGGGCCCCUAACAACAGACCCCGAAGAGCUCUUCCUCAGUCAGAGUCUCCUCUUUGGAUCACAGGUUGCCUAUGAGAUCCACUGCUAAGGAGCUAUUAUUGUGAUCUGGCAUGAAACAACAUGUUGAUGGACUUUUAAUUAAAGACUUUAAUGGAAAUCACCUUGGUGCAAUGAUUUGAAGCAUCAGAUUAUUAUCUGGCCUUCAAUAGAGGGAGAACUGUCAGUUAGUCGUUUCUGGGGGACACCUGGUUCACAAGUGGCCUCCCAGAGAUGUUCUUGAUUGAUUGUAUGGCACUCAGAUGGGUCAGGGUUAAGAAGACUGAUGAUUAAAGGGGAAGCAACAAACGAACCACACCUUUCUGUCUCAAAAUCAACCCUUUAAAGAUAACUCUAAGUGGCUAACCUUGUCAGACAUGUUUAGUAUGACAGUUACACUAAAAAGAGGCUGAAACUGUGCAGCACAAAGUGUCUGCUUUAAUUUCAUUUCUUUCUUUAUGCUUUGUUUUCCGUGUUUUGUCUGUGUUUUGUGUAAAAUAUGACAAAGCUAAUUCUCACUGUGAAGUACAGUUGUGCUGUGAAUCCUGCUGCACAUCCCAUUAGAAUUAGGCCUAAAGCAAUCCUCUUACUGAAACUACAUUAGCAUUACCCAUAUGUGUGAGUGGGUGUGGGUAGGUGGAUUUGUUUAUAGAGGUUCAUGCAGCAGCCAGUCUUUUUUUUUUUUUUUUUAAUGUUUGUAUCAUAGCAUUGUUUUUCUUGAUGUUAACAUGUUGUGUUAUUUUAUACCUGCUGACUGCAACAAUAGAACAAGGUAUUAACAUUUCUAAUGUCUGAAAUUGACUCUUUGGAAGAACUGGCUUCAUUAACAUUAGCCUGUAACAACCAUUAUGAUAAUA